GCGUCUCUGCCGACUGCGACCACCAGAAUCGGAUUACGAUUUACUCCCUCCACAAGCCCGAGUGCCACGUACCGACGAGGCUCGGCUCCACCUGUUCUUCCUCCGCCCUCUCCUUCUCUCCCGCUCCCCCUUCCUCCCUGACCUCGCGCAGUAAUCUCGACGCGACGCGAGCCGAGCCGAGCCGAGCCGAGCCGAGCCGAGCCGAUCCCGACGAGUUCCGGCAAGCGAGCGAGCAGAGUGAUGGACGCUCUCGCUGGUCGCGGCUCGAAGAUUCUGCUCAGCAAGUUCGGAGACGGAGCCGGCGCGUGCUUGUCGCCGGUCGGCGAGAACGUCGUUGCCAGAGCAGACGUUCGCUUCGCGCGAGUCCAGAAGCUCGCCGACUUCGGAUUCCUCCGUUUGGCCGCUGCUCAGCACAGGCUCGUCGGUCGGAUUACUUCUCUCUCGUCCAACAUCGGGCAUCCACUACUGCAAGCAGAACUAGAGACAGCAGAAGAUGAGACUACAGAGACAUAUUCUUCGAGGAAAGUGCACGUCAGAUUUCAGGUGCAGAGAGAGUGUCAAUUUGGAGAACAAUUUCUUGUAAUAGGGGAUGAUCCGGCCUUGGGAUCAUGGGACCCAUCAAGUGCAGUACCAUUGGACUGGUCAGAUGGACACAUAUGGUCAGUAGAGCUGGACAUACCCAUUGGGAGAGAUAUUCAAUUCAAGUUCAUAUUAAGACAAAGAGACGGCGAGAUACAGUGGCAACCGGAUCCUGAUCGGAUUUUACAAAUCUGGGAUACUGAUAAAACAAUCAGUAUCUAUGAAGAUUGGGAAAAUGCUGAUUUACAAAAGAUUAUGGAGGAAGAACUGGCAGACGGCCUCUCUCAGGUUGAGGAGCCUACUCAUGGUUCAGAAAGCUUGAUAAUAGUAGAGAACUCAAAUCCAUCGAGAGAAAAAGUGAUGCUAGAAGCCAGCAAUGGAUCAGCUUUCGCUGGUAUAAAUGAUGCUCCCAAAGAGAAUCCACUGGUGGAAGCACAUGAUGACUUAAGUUUUUCCAACACUGGUGCUGCGGUAGAAGAGAUGCCUGUGGCUCUUUAUGCAGAUAAUAUCCUCCAAAAGCAGGAGCAAUCUUCAAAUGAUGCAACUAACAAUGUGCACUGCGAAAAGAGAAGUGGUUACCCCGGUGAGGACCUGACCAUGUCGCACGAAGUUCUCAGAAACAAUAGCAGAGCCACAGUUGAUAACUCGACAAACAUGAAUUUCCAUAGUGACCUAGUUACAGUUGAUGAAGUUCCUGUACUGGUUCCUGGCUUGACUUCCUUAUCAAUGGUGCUAACAGAAGAGUCAAAUCGAUGUGAAGAAGGGCGAAGCAAUGCAGGUGAUGCCUCUGGUGAACCUGAUGAAGCUAUAAGUUCAAAAUUACCAGAGAUUCUCUAAUGAGGGACUUCAUUUGCGUUUAAAGCAAGAGCCUGGAUGCAGUCCAUCCCAAGAAGAAACGGCACUGACCGUGGCGGAAGGACAGCUUGAUAAUAAACACAAACAGAUUAUCCACAUAGACAGCAAAGAAGGGAAGACCGACCCUGAGAAUUUAAAUAAUGUAUUGAGGAACGAUAUACGAUGGGGCCGUAGGACAUUGCAGAAGUUUCUAGCAACUUUGGGGUUGCAAUAGCGGGCAGUUGGCAUCGAAGAAUAUACCGGAAAUGUGUUGCUGUUCGUUGUGCAGAUGGAUGAGGCAACUUCACGACGCAUGCUAUCGUUACCUGUCCUUUGAGUGCGCUUUGGAUUUUUGUACUGUAGGUGGAGUAGCGUGCAUGUAUUUGUACAACUGCGUUGCGGCAUAAUCGAGAGUGUGCUAUAUUCUCUAGCAAUAGUUUUGUUGUAGUGCCGCAGACAAGAGAACUAGCUGAAAUGCUUGUUGUAUUACUAUAUGUAUAUGGAAGUAGUGGUCCCCUUCAUUUUUGGAGUUA